GUUCAACAGUUGUCACACCUGGGCGAUUGAAAGUUUUCAUGCACCAAGAUGCUUUGAACUUCAAAAGGUGAAAAUAGAAGGAAAUUACAUUCUUUGUGUUAUUCUCUAUAAACUGUCAAACAGGAUAGUUACAAGGAAUCUAGCAUAGUAUAAUUUUACUAUAUUCAGCAUUGAUGCUACAGCUAUAUGGUAUACGCUGAGUUUCAGUGAGCAGCCAUGGCCCUGCAUGGCCCAGCUUCUGUGCUAGAUAGGCGGGAAAUAAAACGUGACGAGUCCACACACAUUGUCCGUGAUCGCAUAACUCGUCAUCGCAGUCCUGCUCGGUCGUCUAAUCGUUACAGCUAUACAAGUGAAGAGGGUUCAGAUGAAGAAGAUCUGAUCAAGCCGAAAAUUCCUCAGCCGUAUAGAACUAGUUUUAGUGCUAUUGCACCACCUGACAGGAUAAAGCGGGAUAGAAGCAGAUCAACUAGCCCUUGUACAUCUAGUUUAAAGGGAAGCAACAGAAAUCGGUCAAAAAGUCCAGGAGGUCGAAGAUCAAAUAAACACGUAACAUACGAUGAAAAGGUUGUGAUUCGUGAUUCCGAAACCAGUGAUAGUCGAGUGACUAAUCUUAGUGAUAGAGAUUUGAAUGACACUUCUGGCCAUUUCUCUGCUGACAGUUCAAUGAUGGAGUCGGAUAUGUCUAAUUCUAGUCAAAGGGAUAUUUCUUUAGAGUUACGUGAAUUGUCGCAGCAGAUUGUGAAAGAGUAUUCUUGUUCAGAUACUGGUGAUAAUAAUAGUCCUGAUAUGUCUAGUCAAAAAAGAAUUCAAAACCACGCAAAAUCAAGCACACCAAAUGGUACAGCUAAAGCAGCUGCAGAUUAUGGUUCAAUGAAACCAAAGCAAAGUGUGAAAGUGGUUAGUGAAGGUGGGCAAAAAAAGCAAAUCAUUGUAAGUGAAGACUAUGACAAUGAAAGAAGUGUGAGUUACCGUGUGGCCAUAAAAAGCAAUUAUUCCGAUGAGAUAAAGCAGCAGGCAGAUGAAGUUAUGAAAGACAUUUCACCAAGGUUAGAGGUGGAACCUGUUAAAGAACUGCCGGUCAAUGAAACAAAAGAUUCAAAAUCAAGAGAAAGGCAUAAUUCUCUUCCUAAUGAGAAAAGCGAACUAGAGAGUAGCCGUCUGACACCGGCUAAACGUUCAAUAAGUAGCAGUAUAGGAAACUUUUUCCGCAGACUGUCGCCCCAUGUCCGCAGAAGAAAUAAAAAAGGUAAUCUUUCAACAGCAAGUUCCCAGAGUUUGUCCCCUAGUGAUGAACUUGAUGGAUCAUUUCAGAGACAUAACAGUACUAGCAGUUUGUCUAGGGGGAAGUUACGGAGAUCGCUGAUGAAAUUAAUGGGCAAAUCUAAGAAAAGCGGAAAGUCAGCAAAUAAAUCAGAUUCAUCAAUUGAGGAUUUAAACCAGUCGAACAACAGUCAUUCAGAUAACUUGAAACAAACACCGAAAUCAGCAUUAUAUAUGAAAUCCAUAGAACAGACUUCAAAAACAGAUAAAGACAUUUAUCACAAGUUUAAAGACAGAAAGAAACAAAAACCAGGGGAGGGAACUGCUACAGGGAAAGCAGUGAAAGCAUCACCAAAGUACAGUUACCCUGACUCGGAUAAACCAAGCACCACUGAGACCAGUAUUAGUUCAUUAAUCUCUGCAGAAGGUAUAGAGUGUGAUUCUCCCAUUAAAGUCAGGCCUCCUGAUAUGCUGGAUGUAAAGUUUGUACCAAAGUCGAUCCAGGCACUCCAAGCCUCGCAGAUCAGUACAAUAUCUGGGGAUGACUCCAUAGGAGAGUGCUCUAUUGAUCCAAAUCUUACAGGAAGUGAGCCAUCCUUGUUAAGUGAAACUGAUGCAUCGAAACAGGUAGAAGUCAGUCGAAUAUCAGAAGAAAAUGUGAGUCCUGUUUGCUCGACACCACUAGCAAGUGCUGGACUUCAAAAUGUGGAGAAACCUUCAAAAGCUGAGGGUGAUUCAGUUAGAAGUGAUCGUAAACAGAAAAAGGAAUUAAACUUAAGUUAUCCACAGAUGCCAAUAAUAGCAGACUCGGCAGAUUAUUUUCCUACAGAAACGCCAACAAGGACGCCGUCAUAUUUACGGAUUAGUAGUGCAGUUAGUGGUUAUGGACAUUAUAGUAAAUAUAGUGCAUAUAAGGGAAUCGAAAAACGUUCCCCGUAUUCAAGUACAUUAUCACUGCGAUCAAGUCGUUCUGAUUUGACGACUCCGAUAUCACCAAUCGACAUGCCGAUUGGUAAAAUCCCAAAUAUUCAGGCCCCUACAAACUGGCCGCCAUUAAAAAAUGAAAUCCUGUCUCCAAAAGAAACAACACCUAAGGCGGAAUUCGAGUUUAAAAGUGUUACGAAUGGUGCUAGUGAAAUAAAUGAUAAACAUGUAAAUGGUGAUGUAGGUUGUGACGUUGCCAUAAAUGGUGAAAAUGGACACGUUACUCAUGUAGGAAACUUUGUGUCAACAGGGGAUAGCACUAAGGAUGGUGAUUACUUCCUUGGUUUAGCCCAGGCAGAGGAGAAUAGAUUGUUACUGUUGUGUUCAAAAUGUGAAAUGGAAAUGCUGAAUGAUUCUAUAUCAGAAGAAGGUAGUGGAAAGGUCCGAUCAGCUGUAGGAAAAGCCAACUUGUUGGUAAGCCAAAAGUUCCGACAGUUCCAAGACUUGUGCCAGCAACACAAGAAUCCAGAUCCAGAUCCAGACAGCAAGCCAACAAAAUGGGAGGAUUUACAAGGAUUUUGGGAAAUGGUGAAACUACAGGUUGACGAUGUGGAUGAAAUGUUUACUGAAAUUGAUAUGAUGAGGCAAAAUGGCUGGCAGGAAAUCAAAAUACCCUCACGGAGAAGUUCUUCCAGUUCAAGGUCUAGUCCCAAAUCCAGUAGUCUGAAUGUAAGCAAUGCCAGUACACCCUCGCACACACCAGGGUCUCGGCGACGAGCUGCAAGGGUGAAGGACACACCAGAAUCCUCUCCGGAACGGUCACAAAAAGCUAAGAUGGCCGCCAAAGUCCGAGACGAUGCCAGAAAGAAAAUGUUGGCGGAGAAACGUGCAGCAAUGAAACAACGUCAGCAAGAAGCUGAUGGUUUAGAAAUUUAUAUAGCAGACAAUGGAAAUAAAUCAGACUCUCCUGGCCGUACUAGUGGCUCGGAUGUCGCCGACGCAUGACGACAAUAUGAAUGCAUUUAAUUUAUUUUUGUGAACAAUUUGUUAAAUUUUAUUUUUUAAAUGUCUUCUGUGUGUUAUGUAUAGACCAGAUGCUGGAUCUGUUAUUCCUGACAAAACUUGUAGAAUAAUUAUAAAUGAUAUUACUGGAUUAUACUAGUGAAAAUAUUCAAUAGAGUUAUCUGAAAAAAGCUGAUAUUGUGAGGAAAAUAGUGCAGUAAAGUGCAGAAUUUCUUAUAAGAUGGAUUUAAAAUAGAUGUGAAAGGAGGAAAAGAAAAAAUCAUGUUUAAAAAUAAAAAGAAAAUGAUUGUUUUUCUCCUUUAUUAAAUAAUUUUCGUGCCAGAAACUUUUUCGAAGGAAUAAAGUUGAAAGUUAUAAAGUGUACAAAGGGAAGUAAUCUUUAAAAAGUGCAAUUUCUAAAACUGAUCAAAAUGCAUGAUGUGUGUGUAUACUAUUGGAGUUAAUUUGAUAAUGCAUGGUAUGAACAUGUUUUAUAAAGGUGUUUGACUUGUGCUAAGUUGACAGUGUGAGUUAAUUGAGAUAUGCAUGUUGUUUUUGGUACAUUUUUUAUCUCAAAGUUCCUUCCCUUAAAUUCUGCUCUAAAUUAUUCUGUUAUAUACUCGAAGAAGAGUCUACUGUAGAUAUGAGGGUAUAUCGAUGUUAUGAUUAGUGGCAUAUGAAUCAGGGUAUAUCUGCAAACAUUGCCUUUGCUUUCGUGGGAUUUGGAAUAUAGGGUUUUGAUACAUGUUAUCAUGCUACAUUCUCUAAAUAGUUUCAGCUCGCUUGCUUUUUUUCCAUUUUUGAAAAGAACACAUAGUAUACUAGUUUUUCAAGAAAAUAUCAGUAAAUAGAACAGAUUUCAUGCCAGUAAUGUACAGUUUGCUGGUUAUCUCAGUACGUAGAACACAUUUUUGUCAGUUAAGAUGUUGCUAGUUCAAUCAGCAGUCUGGAUAAAUGCUCUACAAAUGCUUUUAUAGAAAAA